AUGGCGGCGUCUCGGACUGUGAUGGCUGUGGGGAGACGGCGCUAGUGGGGAGAGCCACCAAGAGGCCCCCUCCCCUCCCCGGGUCCCCCUCCCCUCACCCCCUCCCCCAGCCUCCUUGCCAACGCCCCCUUCCCCUCUCCCCCUCCCGGCUCAGCGCGGACCCCCCAUUCCCACCCCCGUGGGAACGUUCGGAGCCUGCACUCCUCAGCCCCUCUCCUCGCCUCUUCCCUCACCUCAGCCCCGCUCCCCGCCCUCUUCCCGGCCCUGGGCGCCGGCCGACCGGUCCCUCCGCCGCCUCCCGGCCGCGGGGAGGACAUGGCCGCGCACAGGCCCGUGGAAUGGGUCCAGGCCGUGGUCAGCCGCUUCGAUGAGCAGCUUCCAAUAAAAACAGGACAGCAGAACACACAUACCAAAGUCAGUACUGAACACAACAAGGAAUGUCUGAUCAAUAUUUCCAAAUACAAGUUUUCUUUGGUUAUAAGCGGCCUCACUACUAUCUUAAAGAAUGUUAACAAUAUGAGAAUAUUUGGAGAAGCUGCUGAAAAAAAUUUAUAUCUCUCUCAGUUGAUUAUAUUGGAUACACUGGAAAAAUGUCUUGCUGGGCAACCAAAGGACACAAUGAGAUUAGAUGAAACCAUGCUGGUCAAACAGUUGCUCCCAGAAAUUUGCCAUUUUCUUCACACCUGUCGUGAAGGAAACCAACAUGCAGCUGAACUUCGGAAUUCUGCCUCUGGGGUUUUAUUUUCUCUCAGCUGCAACAACUUCAAUGCAGUCUUUAGUCGCAUUUCUACCAGGUUACAGGAAUUGACUGUUUGUUCAGAAGACAAUGUUGAUGUUCACGAUAUAGAAUUGUUACAGUAUAUCAAUGUGGAUUGUGCAAAAUUAAAACGACUGCUGAAGGAAACAGCAUUUAAAUUUAAAGCUCUAAAGAAGGUUGCACAGCUAGCGGUUAUAAAUAGCCUGGAAAAGGCAUUUUGGAACUGGGUAGAAAAUUAUCCAGAUGAAUUUACAAAGCUAUACCAGAUUCCACAGACUGAUAUGGCUGAGUGUGCAGAAAAGCUCUUUGACUUGGUGGAUGGUUUUGCUGAAAGCACCAAACGUAAAGCAGCAGUUUGGCCACUACAAAUCAUUCUCCUUAUUUUGUGUCCAGAAAUAAUCCAGGAUAUAUCCAAGGAUGUAGUUGAUGAAAACAACAUGAAUAAGAAGUUGUUUCUGGACAGUCUACGAAAAGCACUUGCUGGCCAUGGAGGAAGCAGGCAGCUGACAGAAAGUGCUGCAAUUGCCUGUGUCAAACUGUGUAAAGCAAGUACUUACAUCAAUUGGGAAGAUAACUCUGUCAUUUUCCUACUAGUUCAGUCCAUGGUGGUUGAUCUUAAGAAUCUGCUUUUUAAUCCAAGUAAACCAUUUUCGAGAGGCAGUCAACCUGCAGAUGUGGAUCUAAUGAUUGACUGCCUUGUUUCUUGCUUUCGUAUAAGCCCUCACAACAACCAACACUUUAAGAUCUGCCUGGCUCAGAAUUCACCUUCUACAUUUCAUUAUGUGCUGGUAAAUUCACUCCAUCGAAUCAUCACCAAUAGCACUUUCAAGCAUGGACUUGGCACUGCUUCUGCAUUGGAUUGGUGGCCUAAGAUUGAUGCUGUAUAUUGUCACUCAGUUGAACUUCGAAAUAUGUUUGGUGAAACACUUCAUAAAGCAGUGCAGGGUUGCGGAGCACACCCAGCAAUUCGAAUGGCACCGAUGCCAACCAGUCACUGUUUUGCAUGGCAGUGGGCUUCUGUGGCUAGUCUUACAUUUAAAGAAAAAGUAACAAGCCUUAAAUUUAAAGAAAAACCUACGGACCUGGAGACAAGAAGCUAUAAGUAUCUUCUCUUGUCUAUGGUGAAACUAAUUCAUGCAGAUCCAAAGCUCUUGCUUUGUAAUCCAAGAAAACAGGGGCCUGAAACCCAAGGCAGUACAGCAGAAUUAAUUACAGGGCUUGUCCAACUGGUCCCUCAGUCACACAUGCCAGAGAUUGCUCAGGAAGCAAUGGAGGCCCUGCUGGUUCUUCAUCAGUUAGAUAGCAUUGAUCUGUGGAAUCCUGAUGCUCCUGUAGAAACAUUUUGGGAGAUUAGCUCACAAAUGCUUUUUUACAUCUGCAAGAAAUUAACUAGUCAUCAAAUGCUUAGUAGCACAGAAAUUCUCAAGUGGUUGCGGGAAAUUUUGAUCUGCAGGAAUAAAUUUCUUCUUAAAAAUAAGCAGGCAGAUAGAAGUUCCUGUCACUUUCUCUUCCUUUAUGGGGUAGGAUGUGAUGUUCCUUCUAGUGGAAAUACCAGUCAAAUGUCCAUGGAUCAUGAAGAGUUACUGCGUACCUCUCUCCGGAAGGGAAAAGGAAAUUCCUCCAUGGAUAGUACAGCAGGGUGCAGUGGAACCCCACCAAUAUGCCGACAAGCCCAGACCAAACUAGAAGUGGCUCUGUACAUGUUUCUGUGGAGCCCUGACACUGAAGCUGUUCUGGUAGCCAUGUCCUGUUUCCGCCACCUUUGUGAGGAAGCGGAUAUCCGGUGUGGGGUGGAUGAAGUGUCAGUACACAACUUCUUGCCCAACUAUAACACAUUCAUGGAGUUUGCCUCUGUCAGCAAUAUGAUGUCAACAGGAAGAGCAGCACUUCAGAAAAGAGUGAUGGCACUGCUAAGGCGCAUUGAGCAUCCUACUGCAGGAAACACUGAGGCUUGGGAAGAUACACAUGCAAAGUGGGAGCAAGCUACAAAACUUAUUCUUAACUAUCCAAAAGCCAAAAUGGAAGAUGGCCAGGCUGCUGAAAGCCUUCACAAGACCAUUGUUAAGAGGCGAAUGUCCCACGUGAGUGGAGGAGGAUCCAUAGAUUUGUCUGAUACAGACUCCCUGCAGGAAUGGAUCAACAUGACUGGCUUCCUUUGUGCCCUUGGGGGUGUGUGCCUGCAGCAGAGAAGCAAUUCUGGCCUUGCAACCUAUAGCCCACCCAUGGGCCCAGUCAGCGAACGUAAGGGUUCCAUGAUUUCAGUGAUGUCCUCAGAGGGAAACGCAGAUACACCUGUCAGCAAAUUUAUGGAUCGGCUACUAUCCUUAAUGGUGUGUAACCAUGAGAAAGUGGGACUUCAAAUACGGACCAAUGUUAAGGAUCUGGUGGGUCUAGAAUUGAGUCCUGCUCUUUAUCCGAUGCUGUUUAAUAAGUUGAAGAAUACCAUCAGCAAGUUUUUUGACUCUCAAGGACAGGUAUUAUUGACUGACACCAAUACUCAAUUUGUAGAGCAAACCAUAGCUAUAAUGAAGAACUUACUAGAUAAUCAUACUGAAGGCAGCUCUGAACAUCUGGGACAAGCUAGCAUUGAAACAAUGAUGUUAAAUCUGGUCAGAUAUGUUCGUGUGCUUGGGAAUUUGGUCCAUGCAAUUCAAAUAAAAACAAAACUGUGUCAGUUAGUUGAAGUAAUGAUGGCAAGGAGAGAUGACCUCUCAUUUUGUCAAGAGAUGAAAUUUAGGAAUAAAAUGGUAGAAUAUUUGACAGACUGGGUUAUGGGAACAUCAAACCAAGCAGCAGAUGACGAUGUAAAAUGUCUUACAAGAGAUUUGGACCAGGCAAGCAUGGAAGCCGUAGUUUCACUCUUGGCUGGUCUUCCGCUGCAGCCUGAGGAAGGAGAUGGUGUGGAAUUGAUGGAAGCCAAAUCACAGUUAUUUCUUAAGUACUUCACAUUAUUUAUGAACCUUUUGAAUGACUGUAGUGAAGUUGAAGAUGAAAAUGCACAAACAGGUGGCAGGAAACGUGGCAUGUCUCGGAGGCUGGCAUCACUGAGGCACUGUACAGUCCUUGCAAUGUCAAACUUACUCAAUGCUAAUGUGGACAGUGGACUCAUGCACUCAAUAGGUUUAGGUUAUCACAAGGAUCUCCAGACAAGAGCUACAUUUAUGGAAGUUCUUACAAAAAUCCUUCAACAAGGCACAGAAUUUGACACACUUGCAGAAACAGUGUUGGCAGAUCGGUUUGAGAGACUGGUGGAACUGGUCACAAUGAUGGGUGAUCAGGGAGAGCUUCCUAUAGCUAUGGCUCUGGCCAAUGUGGUCCCUUGUUCUCAGUGGGAUGAACUAGCUCGAGUUCUGGUUACUCUGUUUGAUUCUCGGCAUUUACUCUACCAACUGCUCUGGAACAUGUUUUCUAAGGAAGUAGAAUUGGCAGACUCCAUGCAGACUCUUUUCCGAGGCAACAGCUUGGCCAGUAAAAUAAUGACAUUCUGUUUCAAGGUAUAUGGUGCUACCUACCUACAAAAACUCCUGGAUCCUUUAUUACGAAUUGUUAUCACAUCCUCUGACUGGCAGCAUGUUAGCUUUGAAGUGGAUCCUACCAGGUUAGAACCAUCAGAGAGCCUUGAGGAAAACCAGCGGAACCUUCUUCAGAUGACUGAAAAGUUCUUCCAUGCUAUCAUCAGUUCCUCCUCAGAGUUCCCCCCCCAGCUUCGAAGUGUGUGCCACUGCUUAUACCAGGUGGUUAGCCAACGUUUCCCUCAGAACAGCAUCGGUGCAGUAGGAAGUGCCAUGUUCCUCAGAUUUAUCAAUCCUGCCAUUGUUUCACCAUAUGAAGCAGGGAUUUUAGAUAAAAAGCCACCACCUAGAAUUGAAAGGGGCUUGAAGUUAAUGUCAAAGAUACUUCAGAGUAUUGCCAAUCAUGUUCUCUUCACAAAAGAAGAGCAUAUGCGGCCUUUUAAUGAUUUUGUCAAAAGCAACUUUGAUGCAGCACGAAGGUUUUUCCUUGAUAUAGCAUCCGAUUGUCCUACAAGUGACGCAGUAAAUCAUAGUCUUUCCUUCAUCAGUGAUGGCAAUGUGCUUGCUUUACAUCGUCUGCUUUGGAACAAUCAAGAGAAAAUUGGCCAGUAUCUCUCCAGCAACAGGGAUCAUAAAGCGGUUGGAAGACGACCUUUUGAUAAGAUGGCAACACUUCUUGCAUACCUGGGGCCUCCAGAGCACAAACCUGUGGCAGAUACACACUGGUCCAGUCUUAACCUUACAAGUUCGAAGUUCGAGGAAUUUAUGACUAGGCAUCAGGUACAUGAAAAAGAAGAGUUCAAGGCUUUGAAAACAUUAAGUAUUUUCUACCAAGCUGGAACUUCCAAAGCUGGAAAUCCUAUUUUUUAUUAUGUUGCACGGAGGUUCAAAACUGGUCAAAUCAAUGGCGAUUUGCUGAUAUACCACGUCUUGCUGACUUUAAAGCCAUAUUAUGCAAAGCCAUAUGAAAUCGUAGUGGACCUUACCCAUACUGGGCCUAGCAAUCGCUUUAAAACAGACUUUCUCUCCAAGUGGUUUGUCGUUUUUCCUGGCUUUGCUUAUGAUAAUGUCUCUGCAGUCUAUAUCUACAACUGUAACUCCUGGGUCAGGGAGUACACCAAAUAUCAUGAGCGGCUGCUUACUGGCCUCAAAGGUAGCAAAAGGCUCAUUUUCAUAGACUGCCCUGGGAAACUAGCUGAGCACAUAGAGCACGAACAACAGAAACUACCUGCUGCUACCUUGGCUUUAGAAGAGGACCUGAAGGUAUUCCACAAUGCUCUCAAACUAGCUCACAAAGACACCAAAGUUUCUAUUAAAGUUGGUUCUACUGCUGUUCAAGUAACCUCAGCAGAGCGAACAAAAGUCCUGGGGCAGUCAGUCUUUCUAAAUGAUAUCUAUUAUGCCUCGGAAAUUGAAGAGAUCUGCCUAGUGGAUGAGAACCAGUUCACGUUAACCAUUGCAAACCAGGGCACGCCGCUCACCUUCAUGCACCAGGAGUGUGAAGCCAUUGUCCAGUCUAUCAUUCAUAUCCGGACCCGCUGGGAGCUAUCGCAGCCCGACUCGAUCCCCCAGCACACCAAGAUUCGGCCAAAAGAUGUCCCUGGGACACUGCUCAAUAUCGCAUUACUUAAUUUAGGCAGUUCAGACCCUAGUUUACGGUCAGCUGCCUAUAAUCUUCUGUGUGCCUUAACUUGUACCUUUAAUUUAAAAAUCGAGGGCCAGUUACUAGAGACAUCAGGUUUAUGUAUCCCUGCCAACAACACCCUCUUUAUUGUCUCUAUUAGUAAAACACUGGCAGCCAAUGAGCCACACCUCACGUUAGAAUUUUUGGAAGAGUGUAUUUCUGGAUUUAGCAAAUCUAGUAUUGAAUUGAAACACCUUUGUUUGGAAUACAUGACUCCGUGGCUGUCAAAUCUAGUGCGUUUUUGUAAGCAUAAUGAUGAUGCCAAACGACAAAGAGUUACUGCUAUUCUUGAUAAGCUGAUAACAAUGACCAUAAAUGAGAAACAAAUGUAUCCAUCUAUUCAAGCAAAAAUAUGGGGGAGCCUUGGGCAGAUUACAGAUCUGCUUGAUGUUGUACUAGACAGUUUCAUCAAAACCAGUGCAACAGGUGGCUUGGGAUCAAUAAAAGCUGAGGUCAUGGCAGAUACCGCUGUAGCUUUGGCUUCUGGAAAUGUGAAAUUGGUUUCAAGCAAGGUUAUUGGAAGGAUGUGCAAGAUAAUUGACAAGACAUGCUUAUCUCCAACUCCUACUUUAGAACAACAUCUUAUGUGGGAUGAUAUUGCUAUUCUAGCACGCUACAUGCUAAUGCUGUCCUUCAAUAAUUCACUUGAUGUGGCGGCUCAUCUCCCCUACCUCUUCCACGUUGUUACAUUUUUAGUAGCCACAGGUCCACUCUCUCUUAGAGCUUCCACACAUGGAUUGGUCAUUAACAUCAUUCACUCUCUGUGUACCUGUUCACAGCUUCAUUUUAGUGAAGAGACCAAGCAAGUUUUGAGACUCAGCCUAACAGAAUUCUCAUUACCCAAAUUUUACUUGCUGUUUGGCAUUAGCAAAGUCAAGUCAGCAGCUGUCAUUGCCUUCCGCUCCAGUUACCGGGACAGGUCAUUCUCUCCUGGCUCCUAUGAGAGGGAAACUUUUGCUUUGACAUCCUUGGAAACAGUCACAGAAGCUUUGUUAGAGAUCAUGGAGGCAUGUAUGAGAGAUAUUCCAACAUGCAAGUGGCUGGACCAGUGGACAGAACUAGCUCAAAGAUUUGCAUUCCAGUAUAAUCCAUCCCUGCAACCAAGAGCCCUUGUUGUCUUUGGCUGUAUUAGCAAACGAGUGUCUCAUGGGCAGAUAAAGCAGAUUAUCCGUAUUCUUAGCAAGGCUCUUGAGAGUUGCUUAAAAGGACCUGAUACUUACAACAGUCAAGUUCUGAUAGAAGCUACAGUAAUAGCACUGACCAAAUUACAGCCACUUCUUAAUAAGGACUCCCCUCUGCACAAAGCCCUCUUUUGGGUAGCUGUGGCUGUGCUGCAGCUUGAUGAAGUCAACUUGUAUUCAGCAGGCACUGCACUUCUUGAACAAAAUCUGCACACCUUAGAUAGUCUCCGGAUAUUCAAUGACAAGAGUCCAGAGGAAGUAUUUAUGGCAAUCCGGAAUCCUCUGGAAUGGCACUGCAAGCAAAUGGAUCAUUUUGUUGGACUCAAUUUCAACUCUAAUUUUAACUUUGCCCUGGUUGGACACCUCUUAAAAGGGUACAGGCAUCCUUCACCUGCCAUUGUUGCAAGAACAGUCAGAAUUUUGCAUACACUACUAACUCUGGUUAAUAAACAUAGAAAUUGUGACAAAUUUGAGGUGAAUACACAGAGCGUGGCUUACUUAGCAGCUUUACUCACAGUGUCUGAAGAGGUUCGAAGUCGCUGCAGCCUAAAACAUAGAAAGUCACUUCUUCUUACUGAUAUUUCAAUGGAAAAUGUUCCUAUGGAUACAUAUCCCAUUCAUCAUGGUGACCCCAGCUAUAGGACUCUGAAGGAGAAUCAGCCAUGGUCCUCUCCCAAAGGUUCUGAGGGGUACCUUGCAGCUUCGUAUCCAACUGUGGGCCAGACCAGUCCUCGAGCCAGGAAAUCCAUGAGCUUGGACAUGGGACAGCCUUCUCAGGCCAACACUAAGAAGUUGCUUGGAACAAGGAAAAGUUUUGAUCACUUGAUAUCAGACACAAAGGCCCCUAAAAGGCAAGAAAUGGAAUCAGGGAUCACAACACCGCCCAAAAUGAGGAGAGUAGCAGAGACUGAUUAUGAAAUGGAGACUCAAAGGAUUUCUUCAUCACAACAGCACCCACAUUUGCGUAAAGUUUCAGUGUCUGAAUCAAAUGUUCUCUUGGAUGAGGAAGUACUUACUGAUCCGAAGAUCCAAGCUCUUCUUCUUACUGUUCUAGCUACACUGGUGAAAUAUACCACGGAUGAGUUUGAUCAACGAAUUCUUUACGAAUACUUAGCAGAGGCCAGUGUUGUGUUCCCCAAAGUUUUUCCUGUUGUGCACAAUUUGUUGGACUCUAAGAUCAAUACCCUGUUGUCAUUGUGCCAAGAUCCAAAUUUGUUAAAUCCGAUCCAUGGAAUUGUGCAGAGUGUGGUGUACCAUGAAGAAUCACCACCACAAUACCAAACAUCUUACCUGCAAAGUUUUGGUUUUAAUGGCUUGUGGCGGUUUGCAGGACCCUUUUCAAAGCAAACACAAAUCCCAGACUAUGCUGAGCUUAUUGUUAAGUUUCUUGAUGCCUUGAUUGACACGUACUUGCCUGGAAUUGAUGAAGAAACCAGUGAGGAGUCCCUCCUGACACCCACAUCUCCUUACCCUCCUGCACUGCAGAGCCAGCUUAGUAUCACUGCCAACCUUAACCUCUCUAAUUCCAUGACCUCACUUGCAACUUCCCAGCAUUCCCCAGCUUCUCUGCCUUGCUCUAAAUCAGCAGUUUUCAUGCAGCUGUUCCCUCAUCAAGGAAUUGACAAGGAGAACGUUGAACUCUCCCCUACCACUGGCCACUGUAACAGUGGACGAACUCGCCACGGAUCCGCAAGCCAAGUGCAGAAGCAAAGAAGUGCUGGCAGUUUCAAACGUAAUAGCAUUAAGAAGAUCGUGUGAAGCUUUCUUUCUUUCUUUUUUUAAACCGACUUAAGAUGGGCCCUUCGCUAGUGGCCCCUUCCCUGGCCUUGCCCUAACCCACGUGUUGUGAUGCUGCACUUCAUGUUUUGAACUCAUCCGGUCUGCCAUGUUGCCAGAUGAUCAACUCUUGGAAGCAUUGCCUAAAUUUAAUACUACUUUUUCUUUAACUUUUUUUUCCUUCUACUUUUGGCGUGUGUCUGGUUGUAAGCGAGUGUUCAGAACAACUACAAAGAAAGUGGGAGGUCAGGAUACUUGCACUGAAAACAUCCCAAUUGUGAGAGAGGAAGAAUUCUUGAAUACUUCUAUUACUGGCCAGCUAUGAAAGCCAUUUGCACAGAGCUCUACGUUCUAUGUUUUCCCCUUCUUCAUCAUACAAAGUAAAGUGUUAGUCUCAUUUACACACUUUUCAAGAUAGAAGUUUAUGGGAGAAAUAAUAUUAUAACCCCAAUAUGUUUAAUCUGACUUUUAGCUGUGGACUUUUUUUUAACCUUACAAAACUGAAGGAACCAUAGAGGUCAAGCCUCCAUGACUUCACACCAUAAAGCCACAGGCAAGGUACUUUGGGGGGCGGGGGGAUUUAGUAUUUUAUAGUGGAUUCUUAAGAAAUACUAACACUUGAGUAUUAGCAAUAAUUACAGGAAAAUAAGUGUGACCACAUAUAUCUUAACAUUAUUGAAUUAAACUGUAGGUUCUGAGGCCUUAUCCAAACUCAGUCAUCCAAACUAGUUUUAUUUUCCUCUCCAGUUGAUUAUCUUUUAAUCUUUAAAUAUGCUAAAGGUUGUUCUUUGUUUUUGUUUUUUUUUGUAAGCCAGAACUAUACUAAAUAUAGUAAUUAUACAUUUUCUCCCCUCCUCUUUUUUCCUAAAUAAUUCUGAGCAGGGUAAUCAGUGAACAAAGUAUUGACAUUUGUGCCCAGAAGGUAAUUUUCAUAGAUAUUUGCAUUAGCUUCAGAGCAAAAUGGAAUGGUACGUGACUCUUAGAGUAGCUGAUACUUUUAUUUUGUUAUAAUUUUCUGAGAAAGAGUAUGGUGUAUAUUAUAAAUUUCUUUGAUAAGAUGUAUUUUAAAUAUCUUUACAUCUUCCCCCUCCCCUCCAAAAAAGUCAGGAAUCUCCUCAGCAAAACAUUUGGAUUUAUAUGAUAGAGUUGCAUUUAAUCACUGUGAAAAGACUGGUCAGCCUGCAUUAGUAUGAUCAUAGGAGACCUUUAGAGUUGCUGCUAUACUGAAUGGUAUGGAUUAUUCUAGUGUUGGAAUUUCCAUAGUAAUGCAGAUCAGAUUUCUUUGUGGUACCUGCAAUGUGCAAAAUAAUUUGACUUCAAUGAGUAUAUUAGUAUCUGGAUGUUCCAAUUUAGGACUUAAUUAUAUUUAUUACAAAAAGAUAUUAUCCCCAUACUCCCAGAUUCCCUUUAUAUGUUAAGAUAUCACGGCUUUGGGAGGGGAUAGAAAACCUAGGGGAGAGGGGAGUUUCCUGUAGUGCUAUUUUAUUAGUGGAUUUCAGUAAAUUAAAUUUCCACAGCUAACUCAAUAAAUAAUGGUACAUUUAAGUGUUCUGAUUUUAAUAAUAUAGCACAUUUCACAUUUAUCCACACAGUAACAAUGUAAUAUGUUAAUGUAAAUAAAAUUGCUUUUGAUAUUCAGAAAUAACAAGAAUUUAAUUUUUUCAAUUUGUUUACAGUCCUGGGAAAAGUAAAAACCAUUUGCCAAAAUAAAAAGGAAAAAAAACCUUAGUAUUCAUAGAGGUUUUAGCAUAGAAUUGUUGGAAAAUAUUGAAGACAGGUGCAGUUAACUAAAUUUUGUUUUUAACUAUCGUAGAGGCUGCAUUAGAAUGAAAUGUUUAUAAUAAAAGAGCAACUAAGACUGUAAAGAAGCUUAGAUCAGUAACCCAGUGCCAAGGAUGCCAGGCUGCCGUCUUAGUCUUGGCUGUCCCACAACCUAGUGCUUCUGGGAUAGGUAGCACAGCUUCUUGGCUCCUGGAAUAGCAGUCACUGUGAGCCUUUAAUAAUUUUGGUUUGAUGUUUUUUCUUUUUUUGUUUGUUGGUUUGGUGCAUAUGAUGGUGGGUGUUAUGCUAUUUUGCUUCUCCCAUCAAAACAGAGAAAUUACCAGAGGUUUACUGUUAAAAAUAUUGAUCUUUCCAUUAAACAAGUUUACCCAAGGUAUGACAUUUCAUACCUCAUGAAGUGAUCAGCGUUGCACAAAUCAAAAUUGAGCCUUCUUUGAACUGCAAAAAUACUUUUGACCAGUGCCUCCUGGGAAUUUGAAAUCUUACUAAGGUUUAAAAUUUACCUUGUUUUUAAAAGAACUUCCAGCUUUUGAGGAAAAUCUAGAUUUCCAAGUAACUAAAAUGAACUUGAAACUUAAAUCUCUCACCAAUAUGCUUUCCCUGAGAAAUGAAAUGCUUUUUUAGUCCUCAUACCUGUAAUCUACAAAAGAAAUUCUGAAGUUGAGAUCAAGUUGCCCAUUUUGCAUAAUUUGAUGUAAGUUCUGUAAAGAACAUUAUAAAUAAUUUGUUUUGGGUUUGUGGAUGUUUCCCCUGACUUUUUAAAGAGGAAAAUAGUAACUUAAUCAAGUUUUUGUCCCGCAUAAUCUACCUGUUAUGCCAGGGCUCCUGUACUAGGGGUGUGCCCUUGUUUGCCAACAUGGAGGUGCAGUUCACUAGCUUUGGGGAAAAGUGGCUAGAGCUCUGUUCUCCAUUCACUCAACACUUGCUCAUUACUGAGCCAGGCACUGAGGACACCACAGUGAACAGUGAGCUUCCCCCAUUGUGGGCAAAUGCCCUAGUGCUGGAGACGGAGUUCAAGCCAGCGCCUCUCCUGGAUUUGUAGCAUUUAGGGGCUUUCAGCUUUGUUUGGGUUUUUGUUUGUUUUUAGGUUUUGUUUCUACAUCCCCCCACUCCCCCCAGGCGUAAUGAGGCAUGUCUUAUUCAAUGUUAUGCAAUGGACUUAUACAAAAAUUCACUUAGUGUCAGCCACACAAUUUUUUUUUAAUGCAGUAUAUUCACCUGUAAAUAGUUUGUGUAAAAUUUGACAGAAAAGUAUAUUUACUACACUGUAAAUACAUGUGAUGAUAUAUUGUAUUAUUUUGCUUUUUUGUAAAGCAGUUAGUUGCUGUACAUGGAUAACAAAAAUUUGAUUAUUCUUGUGUUAGUAGUAUUAACUUCUUCCUGCGACUGCGUUACAUCAUUUAAAGAAAAUGCUGUGUAUUGUAAACUUACAUUGUAUAUGAUGACUUACUCGCCUUUCCAUCCUAAACUUUGGCAGUUUCCUUGUUUAUAACCUUGUUAAUAUUGUAAGCAGUUGUGUGCCAGCAGGAGAAGUACUGCCAGCAGACAAAAUUGAUCAUUGUAGGGGAAACCAUAGAACUCCGUUUCGGAUCAUUGCUGUCCCCACCCAUUUUCUCCCUGGUGUAUGUACUCCCCUGCCUUCCCCACCCCCCGCCUUUUUUUUUAAGUAAAAUGUAAAUUCAAUCUGCUCUUAA